GCAAGCUGGGACUGGCAUGACUUUAUGUGCUGAGGGACGGACGGGGCUUUUCCAGCAUUUUGGCUUUGAUUUUUAGUUGAGAGACGAGCCGAUAAAUCUUCACAUCCUCCCCGACACUGGGGGUGCAGGACACCCAAGGACCAUUAGUUGGGCACUUGGUCCUGCAUAUGGCAGGGGGUGCCAGGCAGGCCCCAAGCAGGGCCCCACACACCGGUCCCUGCCACCCCCCCGCCAAGGGCACAGGGACGCCGGUGGCGUCACGCGGGGCGAUAAGGCCCCGACCCCGCUGCACCCCGCCGCCCGCCGCGGCCCCUCGGCACCGGGGGCGAGGAGCUUUGAAGGGGGAGGUGGCGGAGGUGUCGGGGGGAUAAUUUCUUUUUUUUUUGGGGGGGGGUCUGCCCACCUGCCGGCACCCCUACCCCAGAGCCAGCUGUUCGAGUCAGGCUCCCGGUUGCCUUUAAGGGCGUUUUUGGGGGAGGCGAGGGGAGCGGAGCGGGGCCGGACUUGGAGCGUGCCGUGCAGCUGGGGAGAGGGAAGAGGAGAAGAAAGAGGGAGAAGAAGCGAGAGAAGGGAGGGGAGCGGUGGAAAAAGCCGACCGGGACCCCAUUCCUCCCCAGGGCCGGGGCCGGCGGCCCCGGGCUCCCCAGCCCCCGGCCGCCCCCGGGGUGCGGAGGGGAGCGGGGAGCCGGCGGGACCUCCCCGCGCCUCUCCAUCGCCGGGGUCCCGCUUCUGGGGAGCGAAACCCUUCGGCUCUCCCCCUCCUUCCCUCCCCUCCCUCCUCCCUCCCUCCUUCCUUCCUUCCUUCUCCAGGCUUGGCCCGGGGAGGGAGGGGGGCUCUGCCUGCAGUCUGCCUUCACGCCUGCCCGCCCGGGCGACGCCGGGCUCCCGCCUGCCCCCCGCGGCCCCUCCGGCCGCCCCCCGCGCCCCCCGGGCCAGGUGAGGCUGCGGUGCCGUCCCUCUCGGAUGUAGGCAGGCGAGACCCCGGAUGGAUUUCGGGAGCGUCAUGAACCAGGCUGUGACCCCCUGCUCCCCCACUGUCAACUAUGAGCUGACAUCCCUGGGGGAGAGCAUCACCAAGCAGGUAGAAGUCCUGGAUGCCACAAAAUCCCCCAGGAGUGGGCAGUCACGCUGCAAAACAUCCAGGAGCAUGAGCCUGACUGCAGCCAUGGAGAGCAGCUGUGAGCUGGACCUGGUGUACAUCACGGAGAGGAUCAUCGCUGUCUCCUACCCCAGCGUGGCCGAGGAGCAGAGUUACUCCAGCAACCUCCGUGAAGUGGCCCACAUGCUCAAGUCCAAGCACGGGAACAACUAUGUGCUUUUCAACCUCUCUGAGCGGAGACGUGAUGUCAACAAACUUCACCCCAAGGUGCUGGAUUUUGGAUGGCCUGACAUGCACACCCCUGCGCUGGAGAAGAUCUGCAGCAUCUGCAAAGCCAUGGACACGUGGCUCAAUGCAGCGGCACACAACGUGGUGGUGCUGCACAACAAGGGGAACCGUGGCCGGCUGGGGGUGGUAGUGGCUGCCUACAUGCACUACAGCAACAUCUCUGCCAGUGCUGACCAGGCUCUGGACAGGUUUGCCAUGAAGCGCUUCUAUGAGGACAAGGUGGUGCCGGUGGGACAGCCAUCCCAGAAGAGGUACAUCCAUUACUUCAGUGGGCUCCUCUCUGGCAGCAUCAAGAUGAACAACAAGCCCCUCUUCCUCCACCAUGUCAUCAUGCACGGCAUCCCCAACUUUGAGUCAAAAGGCGGUUGUCGGCCCUUCCUGAAAAUCUACCAGGCCAUGCAGCCCGUCUACACCUCGGGGAUCUACAAUGUGCAAGGAGACAGCCAGACGGGCAUCUGCAUCACCAUUGAGCCUGGCUUGCUGCUCAAGGGCGAUAUCUUGCUGAAGUGCUACCACAAGAAGUUUCGCAGCCCUACCCGUGAUGUGAUUUUCCGUGUGCAGUUCCACACAUGUGCUGUGCAUGAUCUUGACGUCGUCUUUGGCAAGGAGGACCUGGAUGAGGCCUUCAGAGAUGAUCGCUUCCCUGAGUAUGGGAAGGUGGAGUUUGUGUUCUCCUAUGGCCCUGAGAAGAUCCAAGGCAUGGAGCACCUGGAGAAUGGGCCCAGUGUUUCUGUGGACUACAACACGUCCGACCCACUCAUCCGGUGGGACUCCUAUGAGAACUUCAACAUCCAGCGUGAGGACAGUGCAGAGGGGGCCUGGGCUGAGCCAUCCCUGCCCAGCAAGCACCUGGAGAAAGAGGUUGGGCACACACAAGGGCCCCUGGAUGGGAGCCUCUACGCUAAAGUGAAGAAGAAAGACUCCCUCCACGGCAGCACCGGUGCCGUCAACGCUGCCCGACUCCCGCUCUCGGCAGCACCCAACCACGUCGAGCACACACUCUCAGUGAGCAGCGACUCGGGCAACUCCACCGCCUCCACCAAGACCGACCGGACCGAUGAGCCGGGGGUGAGCGCAGCACCCAGCGGCCAGGCGGUGCUGAGCCCCGAGGAGAAGCAGGAGCUGGAUCGUCUCCUCGUUGGCUUUGGCCUGGAGAGUGCGCCGCCCAUGCACAACCACGUGCCCGGCCCUGUGCCAGCACGCCUGCCCGCCAUGCCGGGCCGCCACGUGGUGCCGGCUCAGGUGCACGUCAAUGGCAAUGCCGCGGCACUGGUGGCCGAGCGGGAGACGGAUAUCUUGGAUGAUGAGCUGCCCAACCAGGAUGGGCACAGUGUGGGCAGCCUGGGCACGCUCUCCUCCUUGGAUGGCACCACCACUGCCAGUGAGACCGGCUACCAGGAGGCACCCCGGGUGGGGAGCCUGUCCUCCCUGCCCAAUGGCCCCUCAAGCUGCAAUGGGGCUGAGAAGCUGCUGAAGGAGGGGCUGUACGAUGGAGAGCCGCUCUCCAAUGGUGGCUACCCCUACAACAACCAGAACACCCUGAUGGGCCACCACCUCCGUGACACGCUGCCUUCCUUGCGGCCCUCGGCAUCCGCUCAGGAGCACCUGGCAGGCUACCCACAGCGCCUGCCGGGCUCCCAUGCCCCAGGGUGGCUCCAGCCUCAGCAACUGCCCGGCUCCCAGCCCUACUUGUAUGCCUACGACCACCCCGGAACCUACCGCUCCCGGUCCUUCCCGGCAGUGGACACUGCCAAGUACGACGUGAACCCGGUGCUGCCCCAGGCCCCGGCUCGCAGUACCAGCAGCCGGGAGGCUGUGCAGAGGGGCUUGAAUUCCUGGCAGCAGCAAGGAGGAAGCCGGCCACCUUCCCGGCUGCAGGAGGGUGGCAUGGAGAGCCACAGCCCCAGCAUCUCUAGCUGCAGCCCCCAGCCCAGCCCGCUGCAGACGGUGCCCCCCCACAGCCACAGCAUGCCUGAAUUCCCCCGGGUGCCCUCUCGCCGGGAGAUUGAGCAGUCCAUCGAAGCGCUGGAUGUCCUCAUGCUGGACCUCGCUCCUGCCGUCCACAAGUCACAGAGUGUGCCUGCCACCUCCCGUCAGGACAAGCCAGCUGGACCCCUGCCCUCCUCCCUUUCGACCCAGCCCAUUGCUGGUCUCUACGCCCGGCCAACUCCGCAGGUGGCCCAGCCGAGGUCCUUCGGCACGUCCGUGAGCCCCGUGGUCUCUGAGCCCGGGGGCAAAGCCUAUUCUCCUGGAGAGCUGGACUAUGGGGUGCAUGAUUAUCGGGAAACCUAUUCACCCUACAGUUACCAGCUGGCACCGCUGCCAGAGCCCAGGAGCUACAGCCAUGCCCCGGCCGGAGCACAGAUGGGCACUGGCCCACUCGGCACCUCGUGCUACAGCCCUGUGGGGUCUCAGCAGCAACUCACCUCCUCCCCACCUUCCCCCACCGUCCCAGCACAAAACCAGAUGCCCCUGAAGGGACCGGAGAGCUAUGAAGACCUGUCGAGGUCAGCAGAAGAGCCCUUGAAUCUGGAGGGCCUGGUGGCCCACAGGGUAGCAGGGGUGCAGUCCCGGGAGAAGCCUCUGGAGGAGAGCGCUGUCCCUGCCCGCAAGCGGACCCCCAGCGACAGCCACUAUGAAAAGAGCUCACCAGAGCCCAGCUCGCCCCGCAGCCCCACCGUUCUCUCACCUGAGGUGGUCAGCACUAUCGCAGCCAACCCUGGAGGGAGGCCCAAAGAGCCUCACCUCCACAGCUACAAGGAAGCCUUCGAGGAGAUGGAGGGUGCCUCCCCCACCAGCCCACCCUCCAGCGGCGGUGAGAUUUCUCCCCCCACCCCAGCCUUCCCUGUGUCACCACAAACCCCUUACUCCAACACCUUGCGCUCUCCCCCUGGCCUGGCCAAGACCCCGCUCUCAGCACUGGGGCUGAAACCCCACAACCCGGCUGAGAUCCUGCUGCAUCCAGUGGGAGAGCUAGAAGGGGAAGCGGGCGGUGACUCUGAAGAAGAGCCCAGGAGCUAUGUUGAGUCAGUGGCCCGCACAGCCACAACGGGCAGGGGAGGGACACUGCCCGCUGCCCAGCCCGCUGCCCAGCCCACUGCCCAGCCUGGAGGGCCAGAGGUGCCCACCAGGAAUGGCACUUUCUCCAACUCCUUCAUCGCCCCCAGCCCUGUCUCCACCAGCAGCCCUAUUCACAGCAUGGAUGGGGCCUCCCUCCGCAGCUACCCGUCAGAAGGCAGCCCCCACGGCACGGUGACACCUCCCCAUGCCUCAGCUGAGCCCUUGUACCGGUCCCCUGUUGGCUCGCAGAUGCCCUCUGCUCACAGCAGCUACCAAAACUCGUCUCCAGCUUCCUUUGCAAUGGUCCAAGGAGGAGUCCCGGGCUCAACAUACAGCAGCCCCGACUACCCUGAUGGCCGAGCUGGCCUCCAGCCAGAACCCCAAGCUCGGCCACAGCCACAGGUCAAUGUGGUAGGGGUGCACACCCUGCCAGGGAGCCCUCGCAGCUUGCACCGGACAGUGGCUACAAAUACACCGCCCAGCCCUGGCUUUGGGCGAAGAGCCAUCAACCCCAGCAUGAGCGGCGCUCCCGGCAGCCCUGGGCUGGGCAGGCAUGCUGUGGUGGCCCAUGGCAACCUGGUGGCCCCGCCGGGGAGCCCCAGCCUGUCCAGGCACCAAGCAGCGGCAGCCACAUCCCCUGGCAGCCCCCUGUAUGGCUACUCCAGCCCAGAGGAAAGGCACCUGACACUGUCUCGGCAGAGCAGCUCCUCUGGCUACCAGCCUCCCUCCACGCCGUCCUUCCCUGUCUCCCCAGCGUACUACCCCGGCACGAGCACGCCACACUCCUCCUCCCCGGACUCGGCUGCCUACCGCCAGGGCAGCCCCACGUCGCAGCCUGCUCUGCCUGAGAAGCGGCGGAUGUCGGCUGGGGACCGCUCCAACAGCCUCCCCAACUAUGCCACUGUCAAUGGCAAGGUGUCCUCACCCCUCUCCAGCGGCAUGUCCAGCCCCAGCGGUGGGAGCGCCGUCGCCUUCUCCCACACUCUGCCGGACUUCUCCAAGUUCUCCAUGCCAGACAUCAGUCCCGAGACUCGUGCCAAUGUCAAGUUUGUACAGGAUACUUCCAAGUACUGGUACAAGCCAGACAUCUCCAGGGAGCAGGCCAUUGCCCUGCUGAAGGACAGGGAGCCGGGGGCUUUCAUCAUCCGAGACAGCCACUCCUUCCGGGGAGCCUAUGGCCUCGCCAUGAAAGUUGCUUCUCCGCCUCCCACGGUCGUGCAGCAGAACAAGAAAGGAGACUUGACCAAUGAGCUGGUGAGGCACUUCCUCAUCGAGACGAGCUCACGAGGUGUGAAACUAAAAGGAUGUCCCAACGAGCCUAACUUUGGCUGUCUCUCAGCGCUGGUGUACCAGCACUCCAUCACGCCCUUGGCCCUGCCCUGCAAGCUGGUCAUUCCUGACCGAGACCCCAUGGAAGAAAAGAAAGACUCCGCGUCAGCCACCAAUUCAGCCACGGACCUCCUCAAACAGGGUGCAGCCUGCAACGUCCUCUUCAUCAAUUCAGUGGAGAUGGAGUCUCUGACAGGCCCCCAGGCCAUCUCGAAGGCUGUUGCUGAGACACUGGUGGCUGACCCCACGCCCACAGCUACCAUUGUUCACUUCAAAGUCUCUGCACAAGGCAUCACCUUAACAGACAACCAGAGGAAAUUGUUCUUCCGAAGACACUACCCCCUCAAUACAGUCACCUUCUGUGACUUGGACCCCCAGGAACGAAAGUGGACUAAAACUGAUGGCAGUGGCCCAGCCAAGCUCUUCGGCUUUGUGGCCAGGAAGCAAGGGAGCACCACAGACAACAUCUGCCACCUCUUUGCUGAGCUGGACCCAGACCAGCCAGCUGCAGCCAUCGUCAACUUUGUCUCCAGGGUCAUGCUUGGCUCCGGCCAGAAGAGAUGAGCUGGCACUUGCGGGUGAUUCUUGAAUUUUGGAGAAGGACUUGGAGCUGAUCCGAGAAGGAGUGUGAGGAAGUGCAUUGUGGGAGAGGGAAGUGAAUUGGGGGGGAGGGGGGAAAGGGUUGGAAUUUUGGAGGAAAACAGCAAACAACAAAAAAACCACCAACAAAACCCCUAAAAACUCAACACAAGCCAAACACACACGCAGAGGAACAAAAGCCACGCACCUACAAAAGAGAGCCACAAAGUCACGCCAGACAGGAUGCAUGUCCCAUUGCAGGGAAGGUGACCAAAGCAAAGGCGGCAGUGAGAGGUGUGUUUCCAGCUUUCAGCAUCAUGGCCUCAAGUGGUGAUACCCAUUUGGGACUGAAUGUGGGACCAUGACUGGUGUUUUCCAUCUGGAAAAAAAGAGGCAACUGGCAAAACCCAUGGAAGAAGCUUCAUCCCAGCAGCUCCAUCUGCUGUGUGUUUGAACUGACCCGUAGGAGAUAAUGACAUACGCUGGGUCUGUGGGACACCAGAAGAGAUGCUCUCAGAAACCUUCUCUUGUCCAGCUGCAGAGGGGGGUCCUUACUGGUCCCUGUGCUUCCCCUAAAACCUGCUUACGACCUGUAACUUGCUGGGGGCGUGAGGAAAUUGGUCCUGAACCUUCCAAUCCCUGGGGAGAUCAGCCAUGGGCUGACCUUUGCUGACCCAGAGCCCAGCACCAGUCACAGGUGAGACCCUGUGAGUCCACCCAGAGAGGGGGGUCAUGCUGUUUCUCUGCUUCCCCAGGGCUUCUUGUGCCCCCCAGCCUGUGAGGAGGUGUGGGGGUUCCUCCUGCCCUGCUCCUGGGAAAGGUGGAUACUCCCCAGGAACCUGAAGGAUGCAGAAAGUCGCCUCCUGUCCCAUCUUCCCCUUUUCCCUCCUGUCACAAGUCCUCUUUGGCAGUUCUCUCCUGCGGCCUGUCACAUUCUCUUAACACAAAAAAACCAAAACAGAAUGGAAAGGAAUAGUUGUAAUAAUAAUAAUGAUUAUAAUAAUAGCUGAUGCUGGCAUAGGUGGGUUUCCUGUGCAAAGCAGCAGACCCGUGGCUACCCCUAUCUAGCUCUUCGGAGACACGCAAGCGGUUUUUAAAUUGCAUGGACAUUCAAGUUGCACGAAAGGCAAAUGACUACAAGUAACUCAGGCGCUUUUUUCUCCUUUUGUUUUGGAGGCCACGUUAAAAAAAUAAAGAAGGAAGAAAAUUAAAAAAAAAAAAAAAAAGAAAAAAGGAAGGGACCUGCAGUGGCUGGGCAACUUUGGCUCAGUGGGGAGGUAACAGGUCCUCUGAGAGCCACCCUGGUUGAUGCAUGUGUACCCCCAAAACCAUCUGGUUCAAGGCUUGUGCCCCUGAAAUGCAGCAGAGUUUUGCAGUGAUUUCAGUGGUGUUGGCUUUUCCCUUUGCUUUGGUAGGUGAGGAGGGCAGGUUGGGUGGAGAGAGGGGCAGAGGGCCCCUGUGCCACUGCAGGGGAAAAGAUCAUGGUGGGGGUGCAGCAGGUGGAGGUCCCAGCCCUAUGGUGCUGGGGAGGGGGCAGAGGAUGCUUCGGUCACAUGUGCAGGUUUAGGGCAGGGGGAAUGGUCCAGCUGGAGCUGCGGGGUCAUUGCUGAGCCCUCUUCCACAAAUAUUCCCCCUGAGAGCUUUUUUUGGGCAGAGUUUUCAGUGCAAAGUGGCCCAGAUAGUCUUUUGGGGACAAAAAUUAGAAACAUAGCACUGCUGUCCCCUGGAGAUCUUGUCUCCCGUGGACCAUCCUUGCCUUGAUAGCUAUAAUAUAUAUACAAGCUAUACUGACAAAAUACUGUAAGCUAAUGAAAUUUUAAGGAGGAAAAAAAAAAAAGGUUAGAUUUACACUCAAAAAAAUAUUUAUUUUUGCCAUAUUGCUUUCCGCGCAUCAUAUCUCCCCCACUAUAUUCCCCCCUUCCCCUGCCCUGGGGAAACACCUGCAUGUUAAACGAAAAUCCAGAGCAAGGCAGAAUAGAGAUGGGGGAAGAGGCGGGGGCCCGUGUGUCGGGGUGGCUGCGUGUGAGCGGUGCGUGCGUGCGGUGUGCGUGUGUGUGUGCGUGGGGUGUGACGGCGUGGGUGGCCGGACAGGCCUGCCGGGGCAGAGGCUCUACUGAUGUACUGAAGUGUGAAAGGAUGGGUAGCGAGGAGCUGGUUGUGAGGUGGUGGUGGGACAGGAGGUUUGGGUGGGGCUUUCCCCCUCCCAGGCUUCCUGGCCGCACAGAUGCAGAGAUCUUUUAAUUUUUGAUAUUUCCAAAAAGUGAUUCCCUCCUUCUGCGAAAUUCAAGCGAGACAAGAGAUGAUCUCACCCGUAAUCUCCUCACCCUGCCAUUCACCCAUCAGAGAAAAAACACUGUGUUUAUAGAUAUAUAAAAAUAUAUUUUUGAAAGCCUCUAUUUUUCAGACUUGGUUUUCUCACUGCUAAGAAAAGAGAUGAUAAUAAUGUAAUUUUAUUUUAAUCUGCUGCCUUGGAAACUGGUGCUUGGAACUCCUAUUUCUCUUUUUCUCCCCAUACAAACAAAGCAGAUCUAAACACCCCAGAGAUGUUGCAUAGAAGCCGACCCCAGCAGAUACCUGCCAAUAGCAUCACGCCUGCUUCAGGCCCUGAGCCUCUCCCGGCUUCCCCACUAACACACUAGCUGAAAAUUUAGUCUGUAUCCAAAUCUCAAACACUAACAAAAUCAUCUGAUGAUUGUAUUAUUUUUUUAACACACAGCUAAUCACCUUCCAAUGAUGUAGCCGGGUGUGUUAUCAGCUUCCUUUAAAGGCACUUUUUUCCCCUUUAGCUCCUUCUUUAAAGAAGGUUUUAAGGUAUAACAACCCUUUCUGUCCCUGGGAGAGACCAUCAGCAGCAUUUAGGAUUGCCCAGGUCCUGGGGCUGUCAAGGACCUAGUGUUGAUAUUUUUUUCCUUAUGAAAGGGACAGAAAAUACUCUUUAUUUUUUUUUAUUUUUUAUGUGCAGUCAUGCUAUUUGAGAUUCAAUCUCUCACGAGUUAAGCCCAGCAUAUGUUUUGUUGUAAUCACACUGCCGUUGUCAGCAGCCGGAUGGUAUCUCUCUCUCGCUCACACACACACACACACACACACACACACACAAACACAUCCCUCCUUCCUGCACAAAGAACUGCAUAUAUUCUUGCCAAAGAUACCCUUAAAAACGCACUUUUCCCCACAUAUAUAUAGAUAGAUAUAUAUUUUUUUUUUUUUUGUGUGUGUGUGUAAUUUUAUUGUAUGUGCCCUUUUUGUGUCAGUUUGUUCUUCGGAGAAGCCUGUCCUGCCUUUGCUGUCGAUAUUGCUGUCAAUUGGGAAAUGCUCCCUGGGGAAGUAAUUUGCUGUCUGUCCUGCUCAGUGGCACCUGCAAUGCACAAAAUACGGGAUUCCCAUUCAAUGGGGCUGCCUCUGGCUCUGCCCCUGGGAGCUGUUUCGGGAGAUAGCCAUGUCAUCAGCUGCUGAUGGGAUGCAUAGUGUUCACCAGUCCCAUGUCACUGGUGGAGGCAGCAGGGCUCAUGGUUUUGAGCAGAGUUUGGAGUUGCUCUGAGUGCAACAUUUGCUGUCUGCCUCCUGGUCAAAUUACACAUGGAAAACAAACCAGGUAGGGAGAAAAACCCAACCCAGCCUCUGGGCAUUGAUUUUUCAGUGAAUUCAACCGCCCGAACCAAAGUGCAAAGUAAAUCCCCACCCAGCAGGUCGGGCAGGUAAAGAAACCAGUUGCCCCAAAAACCCCAGACGACAGCAUCAACAAAAGGCAACCCUUCCCGUUGGAGCAGGCAGGAUGAUCAGACAGCAAAGGAGCCCGCAGGGGCUUGUUUCAUUUUGUUCGUUUGUUUUGCAAAUUGCGAGGUUGGUUUGGGGUUACUAAUUUUUUUUUCUUUUCCUUAAAAAGGAAAAAAAAAAAGAAAGAAAAAAGGAAGCAAUAUGACGUUUCUGUUGGCGGAUCCUGUGCCGCCGUGUUAUGCGUGGGGUUUUUUUUUUUUUUGUUGUUGUUGUUGUCUUUGUUACUUUGGGAAUGUUACAGAUUUAUUUGCUAAUCAGUGUUAACAAACAGUUUCAAACUUUUAGACUCGCCCAUUUCUGUGUAUUUAUAUAGAUGGAAAAAAAAAUACAUUAUAUUUUGUAUCUUUAUGCCCAUAAUGUUGUGCGUGUAAGGAUGACUUCGGUCGCACCAUGUCCGUGUGUGAAUGUCACUCCGCUGUUGUCUUCCCAUUGUACAGAUGUUGGAUUCUUUGCAGUUCAUUGUAUGGCUUUAUAAAGUGGUAAAAACAACAAAAAAAGGAACCAGUUAUAUAAAAUAUACUGUUGCUUGGAAUGCCA